UGACAUUUCAAAUUAAAGUCAUACUUUUCUGCCUGGAUAGUAGUGAGAUCCGUAGAUUCUAUACUUCCUACGCUUUCGUUGGAGGUUUCAAAGAAAAUGGAUGAGUCAAAUCGUUUCAAGAGACGAAAUCCAAAUGUGAUUAGGUGCAUGUAGACUAAGAGAUGGUUUAAGUAUUUGAAGCGACAUAAGGGUUGUCGUAGGGUAUUUGCAACGUUAGUUAUACGAAGAUCCCAUCUCAAGUGGCAAUCAAUUGUGACGGAUUUUCAGAUGUUAAAGGACAGCUUGGCAACAAUCGACAUCGUUUAUAUUAUCUGUCAAGAAAUGGACGUUAGGCAAUGCGCGAAACAAAAUGGUUAAGGAAUUUCAAGAAGAAAUUAAAAAAUCUCAACACAACACCUUUACCGUAGCAAGUAGGUACAAUCAUUUACGUUUUUCCGUGCAUUAAUACUAGAAAGAACAAGGAUCAGCACACGAUCUGACUUUUGUCUUCUUCAAACAUAUUCCACCUGAGUGUUCCAGUAAAAAUGUCAACCUGACAUGGAUAUGUUAGAAAAUCAGAAGGUUGUAAUGAAGGAUAAACAUAUAUUGCUAGCAUCUAAAUACCUGAAACAUGCAAAAAUCGUUAUCUACUUCUUUUCGGCUUCAUGGGCGGAAAACACACGCGACCUAGUUGAUAAGUUGAAAGUGCUUUACGAAGAAAAUCGGAAACGUAACACCAAAAUGGAAAUCAUCUACGUAUCCGCUGAUUCCGAAGAAAUGCAUUUUCAGAAGGACUUUUCCAGGCAAGGACCUUGGGCGGCUAUUCCAUUCAAGAAUAAUACAGCCGAUAUCCUGAGAUGGCGGUACGAUAUUACGUGCUUACCACAGAUAGUCGUUUGUAAAAAAAGAAGAUGGAUCGAUCAUAUCAAGGAAAGGUAAAGAUGAACUUGAGAAGCUGGGUAUCAACGUUAUUGUAAGAUGGACUGAAUAUAUUCAAACAUAAAAAUAGCAAUGAAAGAAUGAUUCGAGC